UGAGUUUUGAGUUUUGGAUGGGAAAAGAGACGCAAAGGCGCAAGAGAGGCAACCAAGCUUAUGGCCUCAUUAUUUUUGGAUAAUGACCCAAUUUAAAAAUCAACUCAAAGCCCGCAUUCCUCCUCAAAAUUAAAACAUUUCCAAAUUCUAUUCAACAAUUUCAUCGAACAUCUGUUGGUUGUGUCUUCCUCCAAACAACGUGUCAGUUAGUCACGAUCCAAAAACUCGACGGAAGCAACGUGUCACCUACCCAACAAACCCAUUCGAAACUCCUAAACCCCUUCCUUUCUUCCAACCUUAAACCCUACAAGAACAAUCCGAAUCUUCAUUCCGAAACGAUUUCGAAAUGAACCGUUUCAGACCCUCUCUUCUCGUCCACGGCCGUUGCCUUCACCACCUACAAAACGCCGGUCCAGUCUGCUCUCACUUAAAAUCCCGGUCCGUAAUCCGGUUCUCGGGACCCGACACCAUCAAAUUCCUCCAGGGUCUUUUAACAAACGAUGUACGGAGGUUCGGUGAACCCCCAUGUGAAGAUAACUCCGCCAUUCCUACUCCCAACGUAGCCUCUGUCGUUGUUCCGCCUAUGUAUGCGGCUCUUUUGACCCCUCAAGGAAGAUUUUUGUAUGACUUCUUCUUAUAUAGACCGCCCCAGCCCGAGGAGAAGCUGGACAGGACUGGGUCGGGUCCUGGUAGUGGGUCUGGUGGGUCGGUGGAAAUUUUGGCCGAUGUUGAUAGGUCUCUCUUGGAUGAGUUGUUGGCGACUCUUAAGAAAUAUCGGUUGAGGUCUAAAGUUGAUAUUGAGAAUCUGGCAGAAGACUUUUCUUGCUGGCAGAGGUAUGGUUGGAACCUGUCUGGAAAGACCCCAGCUGUUGAAGAACCAGAGGCAGCUUCAGUUGGUUGGGGGGGUGGGGUUGAUCGCUCUGGCAAGUCAGCUUCACAUGGCAAUGAUGUUGGAUGGCUAUGGUUUAAGGAUCCCAGAUUGGAUUGUCUAGGUUUUAGGGGAAUUUUUCCAUCUGGUAGAUCACCGCCUUUAGUUGAGUCUGAUAAAGAAACAGAUGAAGAGAAUUACCUUCUGUGGAGAUUAGGGAAGGGAGUUGCUGAGGGUUCAACUGAAAUUCCAAAAGGGGAGGCAAUUCCACUUGAAUACAAUUUCACAGGCCUAAACGGAAUCAGCUUUGAUAAAGGGUGCUAUGUAGGGCAAGAACUUAUAGCUCGUACACACCACAGGGGGGUUAUCCGCAAACGUUUGCUUCCUUUAAAGUUUCUUGAUAAUAAUGGAAAAGAGGUUGAGGGGAGAGUUGCCCCUGGUUCAGAGGUGAUUAACCCUGCCUCCAAUAAAAAGGCAGGAAGUGUGACCACUGCACUUGGCUUUUGUGGAACGGGUGUCUUGCGACUGGAUGAAGCGUUCAAAGGGUCUAACUCAUUGAUAAUACAGGGGCAGGAGGAUAUAAAGGUUGAGACAAUUAGACCAGAUUGGUGGCCCUCGGAAUGGUUUCAAGAUCAAAAACAUACUGCCAUGGCAUAGACUGUUUUGCAAUCAUUUAAUAGUCCUCCAGGUCUUUGGCCUGGCUUGGCACCUCACAUGGUUAUUAUAAGCACUGUUACAGCUUCUUAGAACUUUAUUUUAUAACUGCUAACUUGUUUACAUUUUUAUGUUCUCACUAAACAAAAAAAAAAAAGGAAUUAGAAAUGAAAUAGCUGUACACCCUGGAGUUGAUUACCAUUGUUUGUCUGCUACUGCAUCAUACCUAUUGUGAGGAAAUAAAUAUGAGAUCAAAUUAUGUUGUAUUCAAUA